AUGAGUAAAAUAGCCCGCAAUGAAAGGUUCUUUUACAAAGUCGGCCGUGUCGGUCGUGUCGGUCGUGUCGGUCGUGUCAGUCGUGUCGGUCGUGUCGGUCGUGUCCGUCGUGUCGGUCGUGUCGGUCGUGUCGGUCGUGUCGGUCGUGUCGGUCGUGUCGGUCGUGUCGGUCGUGUCACACGAGUCCGUCGUGUCGGUCGUGUCGGUCGUGUCAGUCGUGUCGGUCGUGUCGGUCGUGUCCGUCGUGUCGGUCGUGUCGGUCGUGUCGGUCGUGUCGGUCGUGUCGGUCGUGUCACACGAGUCCGUCGUGUCGGUCGUGUCGGUCGUGUCGGUCGUGUCGGUCGUGUCGGUCGUGUCGGUCGUGUCGGUCGUGUCGGUCGUGUCGGUCGUGUCGGUCGUGUCGGUCGUGUCGGUCGUGUCGGUCGUGUCGGUCGUGUCGGUCGUGUCGGUCGUGUCGGUCGUGUCGGUCGUGUCGGUCGUGUUGGUCGUGAAGUUGCUAACUCGAAGAAUCCAGACACGAUAAAAGCACCUGAUGUCAAGCAAUCGGCGCCGCCCAUGGACACCAGGCGAUUAAAAGAAGUAAACGUAUCCAAUGAUAAUAUGAACAUUUUGCCGCCAGUUACAGAAAGAGGUUUGUUAGCUCUGUCAACAAAGAAACGCAUGUUGCUCUUGAACUGA